AUGGAUACGAAUGUCAUUGACAUUGGUGGCGCUGAUAUGCAAUAUCUCCAGGCUAUGUUCCAAACUCAGUUCCUUCAGCCAUUGUGCGAAGGAAAAUCACCGAGUCUGCCCUCCGCUCUGAUGUGCGAUGACCGAGGGUUGGAGCUAUGGAGCGAACUCACUUACGCACCAGAAUACUAUCAAACUCAAGACGAAGUGGACUUGUUUAUUGCGCAUGGACAGGAGAUAGUUUCACAAAUCCCCGAGGGAUGUUCAUUGAUCGAUCUCGGCAGUGGCGAUCUCCGAAAAGUUCGCCCACUGUUAGAAUUUAUCGACAAAUCGCAGAAGCGAGUUCAUUACUAUGCUCUUGAUCUGUCUGAAGCCGCCUUGAAGCGGGGAGUCGGCCAAUUCGCGGAACAAUUUAAAUAUGUCGAGUGUACCGGACUCUGGGGUUCAUUUGAACACGGUUUCUCAUGGGCUAAGACCCUGCCUCCUGGUCCGAAGUGGCUUUUAUCUCUCGGAUCGAUUUUAGGGAACGGACCGGUUGAUAGCGCAGCACAAGGAUUGGCCCGAUGGGCUUCUCUCAUGGGCCCAGAUGAUCGAAUGCUACUUUGCAUGGAUUCUCACUCGGACCGAGACAAGAUCUGGAAGUCAUACCACGAUCGACAGGGAUGUUAUGAGAGAUACGUUCGUCAUGGCCUGGCCAAUUCAAACGCACUCCUUGGGCAUGACUGGUAUGCACCGGAGGAUUGGGAGAUGACCGGACUCUUAAAGCCACCUAUGCACCAGACCCAAUUCCGAGCCUUGAGAGAUGUGGAAGCAUCUUCUGUUGGAAUACGGUUCUCGACUGGGGAUCUUAUAACUCUCCAUGGCCACUUCAAAUAUUCGCCGGGGAUGAUGCGUACGCAAUUCAAAAUGGCGAACCUGGUGGAGAUAGCAAUUUGGAAGGCACCCUCUUCCCCCAUCUAUGACUAUAUUGUUCGCCGUGCUUAA